AUGCCAGAACACUCAAUUGCAUGCCAGCAGACUCAACUGCAUGCCAGCAGACUCAACUGCAUGCCAGCAGACUCAACUGCAUGCCAGCUGACUCAACUGCAUGCCAGCAGACUCAACUGCAUGCCAGCAGACUCAACUGCAUGCCAGCAGACUCAACUGCAUGCCAGCAGACUCAACUGCAUGCCAGCAGACUCAACUGCAUGCCAGCAGACUCAACUGCAUGCCAGCAGACUCAACUGCAUGCCAGCAGACUCAACUGCAUGCCAGCAGACUCAACUGCAUGCCAGCAGACUCAACUGCAUGCCAGCAGACUCAACUGCAUGCCAGCAGACUCAACUGCAUGCCAGCAGACUCAACUGCAUGCCAGCAGACUCAACUGCAUGCCAGCAGACUCAACUGCAUGCCAGCAGACUCAACUGCAUGCCAGCAGACUCAACUGCAUGCCAGCAGACUCAACUGCAUGCCAGCAGACUCAACUGCAUGCCAGCAGACUCAACUGCAUGCCAACAGACUCAACUGCAUGCCAGCAGACUCAAUUGCAGGCCAGCAGAGUCAACUGCAGGCCAGCAGACUCAACUACAUGCCAGCAGACUCAACUACAUGCCAGCAGACUCAACUGCAUGCCAGCAGACUCAACUGCAGGCCAGCAGAGUCAACUGCAUGCCAGCUGACUCAACUGAAUGCCAGCAGACUCAACUGAAUGCCAACAUACUCAACUGCAAUUCAACAUACUCAAAUGCAUGA